AUGAGGGCUCGCUAUGCUUCUGAUCUCGCAGCCGCUGAGAUCCUUCCUCCGCCCUGCUCGGCCCUGCACCCUUUGGAUCGAGACGUUAGCGGCUUCAGCACGCCGGGCCUGGCCGCAGCCCACCAUGGCUUGAGAGUUGUUCGUUUGGCCUGGAUGGCCGAACUGGCCUUUUCGCCUGCCCCGAGAGAUGUGGGGAGGCCGGGGCGGCAAGAGGAGGAGGUGCCUUUCUGGGAGGAGGACGGCUAUGUCGAGAUGGCCGGCGAGGGCGAGCUCCGGCACCGCUCCGAAAUGGUGACCGGACCGCUGGAGCCGCAAGCUUCAGCACCGUCCGCACCGUCCGCGCCCCGCCGCAACUCCAUGCCGGGACUUACGGUGGCUCGCCGCCCCUCGGCUGCGUCGGACAAAGCACGGCCCUCGCCGAGCUCGCCGUCCUCGCCACCCGACUCGAAGUCACUCGAUAGUUCCCUGACAUCCAGCUUCGAUGUGUUGGAGCUCAAAGCAAGAGAGAGAGCAGAGUCGGAGUUGCGGCAUGAGCAGCGAGAGCAGUGGCUGCAGGUGCCGAGAUUUCAUCCCGCGGCGGCUGCUGCAGUGUCGUCAGGAGCAAGUCGUGAGCGCAUGCUGGUGGAGACCUUGCUGGUGUCGCUUCGGCGAUUUCGGGGAACCUCUCUCAAGGCUUGGCGCUGCGACUUCGACAAGCAGGGGGUAGGCUGGGUCAGCCAGGCGGAGUUCGCCCGCGCCUGCCGCUUCUACGGGUGUUCGGCCGAGCAAAUCUGGCAGAGCUGCCGCGUGAGCGGAGGAGCACUGCGGCUUCGGAAGAGAGUCAAAAGCCAGAAGCACAUCGCACUUGCCCGCAGCUCUUGGUGGCCCUCGAGAACCCGGGCUGCACCCCUUUCAAGUUUAGAAAGCCCCCUUUCCAAUGCCAGAACGAGUAGACACUGGCAACAGCGACGAGACAGAAACAGGCCACGCUUCUCACGCCGAUGA